GGCGGCUCGGCCGCGCCCGCAUAUUCAGCCGCUAACGCACGCCAUCCGACGCGCACGGUGUCUAAUACUUGCCUGACAGCGCUGUCGACCGCUGUGCGCCGCCAAGCGCCUGCAGCUAGACGAGAGGUAGGCUGCCGAUUGCUGCCUCCGACGGAUAAGAGAGGCGCGCCAUGGACCCGCCGGAGGUACGGGAAUAUGCGGCGCGGUGCUUCAGGUCCUGCGACGGCAACCGCAAGCGCAGAGCUAUGCAGCGGAAGCUGGACGCCAUUAUCUCUCGCGCGCUGGCGGACGGACGCCUGCGGACCAUCGACUGGGCGUUGGAGCCGACGCUGACCCUCGACCCGCGGGAGGUUGCGCGGGAGAGUUUGAGAGAUGCGUGCAUGGGCUCUCAUUUCGCCAACGAAGACGCUGUCGACGUGGCCCGGCGUGCGCUUGAUUUGGGCGUUCCAAUUGAUGAUGCUUUAGAUGAAAACUCACUUUCGCAAGACUCACUUUCGCCACUGUCUCUCGCUGUUUAUAACCGUGAGAUCGAAGUCGCGAAUUUUCUCUUGGACCGCGGCGCCAGAGCGACCUCUGAAGCGCUUGUCUGGGCUUGCCAACUUCGCGGUGGUCAGGAGUGUCCUUUAGAGCUCGUUGAACGUCUCCUUAAGGCGGGCGCUGACCUUCGAGAGGGUGGGGCAAAUUUUGUUGGAGGUGGUGACAAAUUUACACCGCUCUACUUUGCUGUCGAACAUCUUGGCCCACCCCGUGGUAACGUUCCCCUUGCCCGACUUCUGCUCGACUACGGCGCACCCGUCGACCUAGGAAAAGUCGACGCGUCAAAAUUUGCAAAAGCCGGCUGCGGGGGCUUACAGACGCCGCUUUAUAAGGCGUGCCAGUAUGGCGAAGUUGCCAUGACCAGGUUACUACUCGCACGAGGUGCUGGUUGGGACAAGUUGACUCAUUCCGACCCUGACUGCGCCAAAUGGGCGACGCCACUCCUACGUGUGCGUCUUCACGCCAACACACAAGUACUGGGGCAACACCAGUCGAAUUUACGUCAACUGAACGUCCUCUUCGACGACUUCCUGGCGCACUACUGGACGCUCCGCGUGGCGCUCCGCCUCUUCGGCCGGCGCGAAAACCACGCCUCGGGCCCGCAGCGCAUGGUUCUCGGCGACGCGUACCUGCCGAACAAGAUCGGCGCCUUUGUUGUUGGAGACGGCAUCCUUGUGAAGAAAAAGAAGUAAUACUGUUAAG